CCAUUUGGGGGCACUGAGUAAUGUGGUCAUUUCAGGCCUCCCAGUUACCGAAACGUAAGAAGCCAGCCGGAGCGUACAGAGGUGAUCGCUGCUUCUUUUCCUUCACCACUUGUCAGCUCAUCCUGAUUGGAAUGGACCCCAACAAAAUGAAGCCGGCAGAAAUGGAUGACAAUAUGGACAAAAAAACCGUCCUCGAAGAACUUCUCCUCAAGAGGUCACAACAAAAGAAGAAAAUGUCACCCAACAAUUACAAAGAAAGGCUUUUUGUCCUUACCAAAACAAACCUCUCCUACUAUGAUUAUGACAAGAUGAAAAGAGGCAGCAAGAAAGGAUCAAUUGACAUUAAGAAAAUUCGAUGUGUUGAAAGAGUGAAUCUUGAGGAGCAAACCCCUGUGGAGAGACAAUAUCCAUUUCAGAUUGUUUAUAAAGAUGGACUUCUCUACGUCUAUGCGUCCAACGAAGAGAGCCGGAGCAAGUGGCUAAAAGCCCUCCAGAAAGAAAUCAGGGGGAACCCCCACCUGCUCAUCAAGUACCACACCGGAUUCUUCACAGAUGGCAAGUUCCUUUGUUGCCAGCAGAGUUGUAAGGCGGCUCCUGGAUGCACCCUCUGGGAGGAAUAUGCCAAUCUUCAUGUGGAAAGCAUCCCUGUGAAGCCAGUACUACAUCCCAUCAUUCCCCAUAGAUUGCUGAAGAUCCCACGAGCUGUUGCUUCCCUUCCACCUCAUGAAUCAUCCCCAAAGUCCACUACAGAAGAGUUUGAUUCAGAGAAGAGAAGAAAUGAAAGUUCUGAGAUGGGUGCAAAUACACGAGGUGAAAAUGCUGUGUCUGGGAUUCCACUCAAAAAGCAUGUACAAAUUCCAAUGAUUUCAUGGGGGGUCCCAGGAUCAAGCUCAUCUGAAGAAGAAGAAAACCUGAGCAGUUAUGACUGGUUUGCAGGUGAUAUCUCAAGAGCCCAGUCUGAACAGUUACUGAGACAAAAGGGAAAAGAAGGAGCAUUUAUGGUUCGAAAUUCAAGCCAAGCAGGACGGUACACCGUGUCCUUAUUUAGUAUGGCCCUAAAUGAUAAAAAAGGAACUGUAAAACAUUAUCACGUGCAUACAAAUGCUGAGAACAAAUUGUACUUAGCAGAGAAUUACUGUUUUGAUUCCAUCCCUAAGCUUAUUCAUUAUCAUCAACAUAAUUCAGCAGGCAUGAUCACAAGGCUUCGACAUCCAGUGUCCACCAAAGUCAAUAAGGUCCCACUCACAGCGUCCUUGGGAAGUGGAAUUUGGGAGCUGAAGCGAGAAGAGAUAACUCUUUUGAAAGAACUGGGUUAUGGACAGUUUGGCGUGGUGCGUCUGGGAAAAUGGAAGGGGAAGUAUGAUGUGGCCAUUAAAAUGAUUAAGGAAGGUUCCAUGUCGGAAGAUGAAUUUAUACAAGAGGCUCAGACUAUGAUGAAACUCAACCAUCCCAAGCUGGUCAAAUUCUAUGGUGUGUGCACCAAGAUGUACCCCAUCUACAUAGUGACAGAGUAUAUCACAAAUGGCUGUUUGCUAAGUUACCUGAAACAGCAUGGGAAAGAACUCCAGCCCUUCCAGCUUCUGGAAAUGUGCUAUAAUGUUUGUGAAGCAAUGGCCUUCUUAGAGAGCCAGCAGUUCAUCCACCGGGACUUAGCUGCUAGGAACUGCUUGGUUGACAGUGACCUUUCAGUGAAAGUAUCUGACUUUGGAAUGACCAGAUAUGUCCUCGAUGAUCAAUAUGUCAGCUCAAUAGGAACAAAGUUCCCCAUCAAAUGGUCAGCACCAGAAGUCUUUCAUUACUCCAAAUAUAGCAGCAAGUCUGAUGUAUGGGCCUUCGGAAUCCUGAUGUGGGAGGUAUUCAGUUUGGGAAAGCAACCUUACGAGCUCUACGAUAAUAGACAGGUGGUGACAAAGGUUUCCCAAGGUUAUCGACUGUAUCGACCACAGCUAGCUUCGGACAACACCUACCAAAUAAUGUACAGCUGCUGGCAUGAGCUUCCAGAAAAACGUCCCACAUUUCAUCAACUCCUAUCUUCCAUUGAUACACUCCGGGAAGAUGACAAGCCUUGAAAAAUGGAAGGGGACAACAUAUGUACAAUGAAUAUACAUUUUGGCAAACAUCUUUCUUUUUAAGAGAAGUAGAAAGGACUGAGCUCUCUGUAGUUUAGCUGCUUCUACUCAAUGUUAUCUCAUUUACUGGUUGUCCUUUAUAAUCUGGAGGGUUGAACAAAACAAGGAAAGAAAGCUUCCAGAGAUUCACUUUUGCCCUCUGACAAUCAUUUGCUAAUAUUACUCCUAAAAAAAAACAACAGUCCCUUGACUAAAGUAGAAGUACAUUUUGCAUCUGUUUGUAUUAAAGAGUGAUUCCGUGGCUACUUUUAUAAAUUAUAAAAGAAUUAUUAAUAUUAUUGAGAUUUAUUUUAUCAGACUGAAUUCUUUUCUUAGGCUAUCAUCAUCAGAUUUAGAACUGAGAGGGACCUUAAAAAGCCCCCUCAUGAAGCCCAGAAAGGGGGAGGUCACAUCAGUAAUAAGUAUUUGAGCCAGAAUUUGAACACAAGUCAUCUGGCUAUAAAUCUAGUGUGUGCUCUCUGUUAUCUGACUGUUUAAAAGCAGUCAUAGGGUUUAUAGAAAUUUUUACAUGGUAUAUGGUUGUUAGCUUUGUUCAUUCAAACUUCAAAUGGUUUUCUUUUAUCCCCACCAUGCACUGUAUCUGCAAUAAGGGCAUCCUACCACCAUUGUCCAAACCAAUAAGUAUAAUACUUGUCUGAGAUCCAGAUUAGAGUUACAAAUUUUUCUACUUGUGUUAUAAAAAUAAAAUGCUAUGAUUAUUAGUCAGUUGUGGAGAUUCCCCUGAGCUAUUUAUAUUUUCUGACCAUAUACCCCUCUAUGGAUUUAAAAUUUUUCUUUUUUUGCACAUAUAAAUGUUUAUGUACAUAUCAUAUCCCCCCUAAGUAGAAUAUAAGCUCCUCAAGGGCAGGAACUGAUUCAUUUUUUGUCUUUAUAUUCCCAGUGUAUAGUAAAUGCUUAAUAAAUUCUUGCUGAAUGAU